CGGUUUUGAUCGAGAAAAACGAGCAGCUGGCUUUCAAAAAAUUCAAUGUCAGAAUUUGAAUUUGAAUUUUAAUUUCUUCGAUGUUUGUUUGUUGUGUUUUUUAGUUUUCAAUUUUCCUGAUUAAAUUUCGUUAUGGACCGUCAUUAUUGGCAACACCUCUGUAAAGUACGUAAUGCUCGAUGUGAAGUCGACAGUCGCCCACCCAACAUCAGAGCCGAAAUUUUUUUCCGACCGACCCGUAUAAGACAUGACAAUGACUGUUCGAAGCGAAUCAUUUCGGAAAAUGUUGUCCUUCUGGAGAAGAUGAAUCAAAUCCAAAGAAUUGAAGGUGAAGUCAAGUGCUAUAACAAAAACUCUGGUAUCCGAAAAACCAAUAUCGCAGAGAAGAAAAAGUUGUUGCAAAAAAUCGACGAGGAGAACUUUAACCUGGGACGUAAAUUGUUUUGUAUGAAAGCAACUUUUAACACGAGACCGCCGGCAAUGAAGCAUGUCCCAAGAACGCCUCAUGAUCAAAUUGAAUAUCGCAAGGAAUUGUAUAAGCAGUACGAGGAUGUGAUGCCAGUGCGAGACAUCAAUAGAGUGCCACUGUUGCUUUGGCCUAAAAUCUAUAUCGACCUCGAAAUCAAGGGCUAUCGAUGUUUAGACAGAAUUGUUAUGGUACUUUGUACCGAAGCAGCUCCAAAUGUUGUUCUACAUUUAGUUCGAAUGUGUAAAGAAGGUAAAAGUCUGUUUAAAUUCAAUCGCAUUUUUCCGAAUUUAUGGACCGAGGGGGAAAUUGAAACUCCCGAAGGAUUAGAAAUCGGUACAACACAGAAAAUCAAUCCGCAUAUCGACCAUAGCCAGAGUGGAACUUUAAAUCUUCUAGAGAGGGGUGCUAAAGGGUGUUUUGAAUUUAGCUUGAGUUUUAAGCCAUUGAAAGUGCUGAAUGGUAAAAGUGUUGCUUUCGGAAAAGUAAUGGAGGGCUUGAAGGUGUUAGAUUGCCUUCAAGAUUAUGGAACAAAAAAUGGAAAGCCAAAGAAGGAAAUUUUGGUGAAAAAUUGUGGUUUGGUUAAAUAAAUAAAUGAUUAUGUUGUAAAAAUGAGAACUGUACUCUA